AUGCAGCAACAUCGAUUCGUCCAGGUCAAAGUGAAGCGCACCAUCCCCAACGAAACAAAUGGCAACGAACAGCCCCAGCACGGCACGAAGGAGCGUCGUGGUGUUCCACCGGUCGGCGAGCUGAUCGAGAACUUCGAAGGUGCAGCCGCAUCUUCUGGCAAGGGUAAAGCCGUAGCUGAGAUCUUUGAGGCCAAAUCUCACAUAGGAAGCCCCGGGUCCUCUACGCCCAAGACGUUCUUGUACAAUCCCGAGGAAAACCACUAUGUCCAGUCCUCUGAUUCGGUACGCGCUGAGACUUCCGUCGGCCAACAGGUUGGACCCGCCCCCUCGCCCGCCGACCUCGCCCGGAAGGGGGUCACUUGGCGCGAGCCUGUCGCUGCGGGACCCGGUGAUCCCUGGACCGCCCUGGGCAGACACCAGGCCGUCCUCGAGAAUCACAACACCGACCUUCGCGUUCACCGCAAUGCUAUCGCUGACGGUCACGCCGGUAUCCUCAAGAACAGCGAGGAGAUUGGACGACUCAAGGAAAACAACGAAGACAUCCAGGCCAAGAUUGCCAGGAUCAAGGCAAGCCAGCCCGGAGGCUGGAAGAGCAAGGCCAAGAAUCUGUUUGCUUGGACCGCGCUGGGGACUGCGAGUACCGUUGCCGUCACGAGCGCACUCCACGACAAGGGUCAGUCCAAAGACCUCAAGGCCCAGUCGGACAACAUUCGUCAACUGCAGUCGGAAGUGGCUAAGCUCAAGGGCUUGCAGGGUCAGCAGGUGCCCACUUACGUCAACGGACCUAGCGCUGCGGGCCAGGGUGCUCCUGCAAUCGACGGAGGUUUUCGAGCUGCUGGUGUCGGCGAGGGCCUUGUUUGA